AUGUCCGUAGCAGAACAAUUACUGCGUGGAUGUGUAAAUAAAAGUAGUGAUAAUGCUGAGGCUUAUUUGCUUUUAGCACAGAUACUCGUGCAGAAAAAUGAAUUGGAUGAGGCUGACAAAUUAUUAGAUAUAGGACUAGGAUUUAACUUUCGUGUGCGUGAACAUCCUCUUUAUUUUUUAACUAAAGCUCGAUUAGAAAAACGUGCAAAUCGUGUAGACCAGUCGAUAGAACAAUUACGAAAUGCUUUGGAUUUAUUUGCUAAAAAAGAAUCAGAACUUGAAUUAGCUGAAGCUGAAAGGAUUGCAAUUACUCUCGAAUUAAUAGAUUCACUACAAACAGCCAAUAGAAUUGAAGAAGCAGAUUCUUGUAUGUUAGAAGCAGCUGAGCGUUAUAAAGGCAAACCUUUAGAAGAACAACAACUUGUUUUAAUGAAUGCUCAACUUAGAUUACAGAGAGGAAAUGUUGAUGGGGCUAUAAAAGUAUUACAAGCAGUCAAGCCUGAUCAACCAAAUUAUCGUGCCGCGCGUAUAAAAAUGGCACAGAUUUAUUUGGAAGAAAAGCAUGAUAAACACCGUUUUGCUCUUUGUUACAGAGAUUUACUAGAGCAAGAUACUAGUCCCCAAAUUUACGAAUUACUUGGAGAUGCUUAUAUUUCAAUUCAAGAGCCUGAACUUGCUAUUGACGCUUAUGAGACAGCAAUGCGUCGAGCGCCAAAAGAUUAUCAAUUAGCGGAGAAAAUAGGAAAUGCUUAUGUAAAAUGUCAUCUUUACAAUAAGGCAAUUACUUUCUAUGAAACAGCAAUGAAAAGUAGUGGAAGGCAAAAAAUUUUACGAAUUAGUUUCGCUGAGCAGCUAUUUCAAAUGGGCAAUUUUGAUAAAUGUAAACGUGUUUUAAAAGAAGUACUCGAUGCAGAAACUGAUCCAAGUGAUAUUCAAACAAUUCGAGAACACGUUUCUUAUUGGAUGCUUAUUUCCCGUCUACAUAUGGAAACGAGUGAAUGGGAUCAGGCAUGCCGGGAUUUGUUGAAAGCACGCCAACUGCAAUUAAGAAUUGUUGGAAACGGUGGUAGAGAAGGAUUAAAUAUUGCUGAAGAGAAGAAAUUGGCUGCUUUGUUUGUUUUUAAAAUUAUAAAGGGAUAUGUAGUAUGGUUCCCGACUUUACGUCAUCCCAUUUUGUGUGAUGCCGAAAAUAAUACUUGA